CUUUUCACUUAUAGACGCUGUACUCCGUCCUGAAGGACUUCAGGGGGGAACAUACGGACUUUGAGGCCCUCGCCUCUUAUUACGAACAUCACUACCGGGUCGAAUUCGGCGAGAACAUCGUCCUAAAGCACUUCCUUCUUACAUGCGAAGUGGACCCGAGGAUGAGGGCCAAGGAGAACAUUAUCCUGUACUGGAAAAUGCUCAACUCACUGGAAGUGAUCAAGAGGGAAUAUGCCGCCCUCAGGAAGUCUGCCAAGCUGCCUCCUGAUCAUCCAACUCGAGUCCAAAACCGGAGGCAGCAACUUGAGUAUCUGCGGCUGGAGAAUACCAUCAACCAACAUCUUAACCAGCUGCACAACGAGUUUGUGAGAGAGCAGAAGCUACAGGAAGCUGCUGGUAAGAAACAAAGUCCUGCAGCUGAAGAAGAGGAGGAGGAUGGAGCCCCUGCAGCAGCAGCAGAAGAGGAAGCCCUUGCCUCAGAAGAGAACGAAGAGGAAGCAGAAGGAGCUCCAGCAGAAGACCAUCAAGCCCCUGCAGUGGAGGAGAAGAUGAUGGAGGAGCAAGCUCCUGCAGAGGAAGACAAGGAAGAAGACGCUCCUGGAGCAGAAGAAGAGGAAGCUCCAACAAAUGAAGCAGAAAAAGAAGAGGAAAGCGCUCCCGCUGAAGAACAGCAAGUUCCUGAAGAGGAGGAGAAAGAAGAGGGAGCAGAAGAAGGAGGUUCUGCAGAAGAACAUCAAGCCCCUGCAGUGGAGGAGAAGAAGACGGAGGAGCAAUCUCCUGCAGUGGAAGAAGAACCGGUAGGACCUCCUGAAGCAAAUGAAGAGCAACUCCUGCAGCGGAGGAGAAAGAAGAGGGAGCGGAUGGAAAAGAAGAAGCUUCUGAGGUGGAAGAGAUCAUCAAAGAUCCUCCGGUGGUGGAGAGGCCAACCCUGCGAAAACAGCUUAGGAAGGCCAUCAUGAAGAGGCUCCGGAGAGUAUGGGUAAUGUAUCAAUUUACUGACAUUUACCCAUUAUCUAGAGAUGCCUCAUGUUGUCCAGUGCAGCUCCAACUUUACUUCCUGCAGUUCUGUGCAUUUUCAAAUCAGAACAAUAAAAGGAAAUCAUACACCGUCUGAUGAGC